CGAAGUGGCACGAAUGCAGCUGCGUGUUGCGCUCCAAUACUAUGUGGAAGAACAUGUUUGAGAGUGAAGAAUGAGAGUUCCUGUCUAUGGAUUCUGGGUUCAGCAAGGAGGAAGAGAAAAAGUUAGGGCUUUUAGAAGAGAAAACUGCUUACAAAUUGAAGAUGGAGAAGACAGAGUAAGACCAGUCGACAGCUAAGUUGCAGGGGAAGAGAGAAUAUAGACGACGAUCACCU